CUAAGAUAAAACCUUUGGACGAGGUUGAACCUUCGACCUAAGAAAGCAACAUGGAAGAAAUCGGAAUCGUUGUUCCAGACAAGGACAAGGAUGAAGUCCUAUCACCCCCGGGCUCAAGACCUACCACCUCCACACCCAGCAGCAUCCUAGAUGCUCUGGACAUAGACGACCUCUACACAAGAUUCAAAAGGCUUCAGCGGCAGAUUGAAUUCUACGAGGUCCAGGAAGAAUACAUCAAGGAUGAGCAGAAGAACCUCAAGAAGGAGUUCCUGCAUGCCCAGGAGGAGGUCAAGCGCAUCCAGAGCGUUCCUCUGGUCAUCGGUCAGUUCUUGGAGGCAGUGGACCAACAUACCGGCAUUGUGGGCUCCACGACAGGGUCCAACUCCUACGUGCGCAUCCUGAGUACGUUAGACCGGGAGCUCCUGAAACCCAGUGCGUCUGUUGCUCUCCACAAACACAGCAAUGCCCUGGUUGACGUCUUACCGCCCGAGGCAGACAGCAGCAUUACCAUGCUGGGAACCGACGAGAAGCCGGACGUCUGCUACUCGGACAUCGGCGGCAUGGACAUCCAGAAACAGGAGAUUCGAGAGGCCGUGGAGCUACCUCUGACCCACUUUGGCCUGUACCAGCAGAUUGGCAUCGACCCGCCCCGGGGGGUGCUCAUGUACGGGCCCCCGGGCUGCGGCAAGACCAUGCUGGCCAAGGCAGUGGCUCACCACACCACAGCUUCUUUCAUCCGAGUUGUUGGCUCUGAAUUUGUCCAGAAGUACCUGGGGGAGGGGCCCCGCAUGGUGCGUGACGUCUUCAGGCUAGCCAAGGAAAAUGCUCCGGCCAUCAUAUUUAUCGAUGAGAUUGACGCUAUCGCCACGAAGAGAUUUGAUGCGCAAACAGGAGCCGAUCGAGAAGUCCAGCGUAUUCUCCUUGAGUUGCUCAACCAAAUGGACGGUUUCGACCAGACUGUCAAUGUCAAGGUCAUCAUGGCAACGAAUCGGGCCGACACCCUGGACCCCGCCCUGCUCCGCCCCGGUCGCCUGGACCGUAAGAUCGAGUUCCCCAUGCCGGACAGGCGGCAGAAACGUCUGAUCUUCAGCACUAUCUGUGUCAAAAUGAACCUGUCGGACGAGGUGGACCUGGAAGACUAUGUCGCCAGACCGGACAAAAUCUCAGGAGCAGACAUCAAUGCAAUAUGUCAAGAGGCCGGCAUGCAGGCCGUUAGAGAGAACCGCUACGUCGUUCUGGCCAAAGACUUUGAGAAGGGGUACCGCAACAACAUCAAGAAGGACGAGGCAGAACACGAAUUCUACAAGUAGUCUCUUUGCGUUGCACCCAGAAGCAUCUUGGGUCUCGUUUCCUUGCGUGUGUCUUUACGCAAACCUGGAUCGGUUUCAAUUCAUGCACACCAGGCAGAAUGUGCAUCUCUUUUGUAUUUGACCGCGGAACUGGCUAAACAGUGGAUCAAUUUCUGGCUCGGAUUUUUGUUCAACCACAAGUCAAUUUCCUCCUAACGCUGCGCUCAUGCAUUCAAGUUGCACUCCAGUGUCCCUUGGUUGAAACAAUUUUGUAAAAUCCCUGUGCAGCUUAUUUUUGCCAUUUGUUGCAACCCCUGUGGUGAAUAACGGUUAAAAUAAAUCCGGGGGUUAUUUUCAUGUGAAUGGUUCCCUCCGAGCGAAGAAAUUAAAUAGGCUGUCUGGCGGUGUGAUCGUCACCAAGGGCCUGCUUCCAAAUGGUCAACUACAUGAUCCGAAAUGUUCAUCGUUAGGGCGACGGUGGUGCUAUGAGCCAGUUCUGUAUUUCAGGAAAGCAAGGGUCAUUUGGGGAACAAAGGUCAUGUGCCAGUCCGCACGGGGCCGUGCUGAGAGGGCAGAUCUUGCACGCACGUCCAAAUGACUUUGGACACAUUUCAUUUGAGGUAUGCGCUGUCCGAAUACAGAACUGGAUCAUCAUAGUUCACUGUAGGCCGUGUUUAUUUUGCACAGAUCUGGAUCACGAUCAGUAAUCAAUUGCUGGUUUCGGACACCACCAAACUCGCCUAACGCAUGGUGCGAACCAGUGUUAGGAUAUCUAAUCGAAAUCCAGAUCCUUUUGAAACAAACGCAGCCGUAGUCCCCACUCAAACUUCCACUCAUCUGUUAGGAAGGACUGGAUUCCACCCAGCUCCUCAGUGUGAAUAAGAUUGUGAAAGAAGGCUUUAUCCAAGCCCAUUUACAAAUUACACGGCAGCAGCUUGAAAUAAUGCACAGUCUAAGGCUGCGGCUGCAACCACUUCCCCGUACAGGUGUGUGUAAUUCCAAGCUACAACCAAGAGAAAAUCUUAAAUGGCCUAAAAUAUGUUUUCAGAACUAUGUGUGUAGUAGUUUGUGUUAUUUCUGUUAUGUAAGAAAUGGAGGCUUUUCAUACCCCUGUUCAGUUAAAUGCAGUCGCACUUUGGUAUUAAAGUGCGUACCUAUUUUUGCAGGUCGUAGUACUGUUGCAUUUUCCAAGGCUGCUUGCCAACUGUGUUGAAGGUAGAGUGGGGCAUGUUUUACAUUUCUUGCACAGUUUGAAACACGAAAGGAAGAAUUUCAGGGGGAGGGGGGGACAUCAUUUUUCAGGCAAAAGCUUGAUUUCAUUUCAAAUGUUGGGCUGAUUUGAGGCCUUAGUGAGGUGCGUUCCCGCAUCUCGGGCCUAAUUUCCAGACUCCGCGCAAGAACCAGACUGGCAUCCCGGAUCUUAAUUGGGUUAUCUGUGAACUUUGGAAGGAGAGGGAUUUCUGCCCCCUUCCCUUUCAUUUCCCUGCCCCUUCCCAACCAGCCUGGUCGGAUUAUGCCACUCUGUACUUGACAUUUUAUGUCACAAAAUUGUCAUCAUUAUCAUUUAAAUGUUUUAUCAGACUUACAAAAUAAACAUGGAUGUCUGUUUACCUUUAAA